AAAGAACCACUUCCUGUUUCACCUCCUUUUUUCCAAUCAUGCCGGUAGAUACAAAGCGAGUACGCGGCCCGGAGGAGUCGCAGUCCCCGCUUCUGUUCCUGCCUAGUAUUGCCAAGAAAAGCGUAGCUGCGGAGCGCGGCCGGCAGGACGGGCGGCGGCGGGGCCAGGCGGACGUGAGGCCGGUCUUUGCACGCUGCGGCUUGGUCAGCCAGGCAAAAGGCUCGGCCUACAUCGAGGCGGGAAACACUAAGCUGAUCUGCUCCGUGUUUGGGCCACGUGAGGCCGAGCGCAAGGACGAGGCUGGCGCGUCGUCCGGCCGACUGCUCUGCGACCUCCGCUUUGCCCCAUUUUCCUGUCCGAACAGAGGCGCCUGGAUCCCGAGCAGUGAAGAUAAGGAUACGGCACAGGGCCUGCUGGAGGCACUGCGGCCGGGCGUGCGCCUGCACCGAUAUCCACGGGCGCAGAUCGAAGUCAACGUACUGGUUUUGGAAAAUGACGGCUCAGCCCUGGCCCACGCCAUCACGUGUGCGUCCAUGGCGCUGGCUGACGCCGGGAUCGAGAUGUACGACGUGGUGCUGGGCUGCUCGCUGCGGCUUGAUGGGAAUUCCUUCCUCCUCGAUCCCACGCUGCAAGAGGAAACUGCGGGAGAGCCCGGCGCCCAGGGCAGCGUGACGGUGGCGCUGCUCCCCAGCCUGAACCAGGUGUCCGGUUUGCAGGCUGACGGGGACAUGCGGGAGGACACGCUGGCGGAGGCGGUGCGGGCCUGCAUGGAGGGCUGCCACAAACUGUAUCCAGUGAUCCAACGAGCCCUGCUGCGGGCGGUGCACAAGAGAGCGUCGCCGUCGGAGAGCUGAGCCGGGAGCCGCACUGUUUUAACAAAGACUGAAACGAAGCGGGACAUUGUGAAUAUGCUGGUUUUUAAGAAAAAUUGUCUUGGAAUAAGAAAAUAAAAUUGCUGAAUAGGAAUGAAGUGCGUGAAGUUGUUUCCCUUGUGUGUGACAAGCCUUAUGGAAGGGAUCACAGCGUGGUGGAAAGGUGAAAGCAGGAUUAGCGCGAACGUUGUUUCGUUAAAUGAGUAUUGCGGAGAAGAGUACAUUUUUGUUCUCAUCGCGAAGCACAAAGUCAAUAUUCUCACGCUGAAAUGGACAGGUGCAGAUUUUUUUUUACCUGCAUUCUCCAACUGUUUCCUUAAACUUCCUUUUCAAUUUCUGGUAACUGGUGCUUUUUAAAAACUAUAAUAGUCUGUUUUACAAAAGUCUGUAUUUACAGAUGCAUUGUACAAGCAGGACCUGAUUCAUAAAAACAGAGCAUCA